AUUCGCCAUGGGGAUGAGGGACGAGGAGGAAGAAGAAGUGGAAGCAGAGAUUGAUCGCUUGCCGAUCGACGUGCUCGCUCAGGUUUUUGUCAUGAUCCCGUCGCUCACCGAUUUGGCGCAGGCGAGCGGCGUGUGCAGGAAAUGGAAGCGAGGAGUGAAGCUUUCGCUUGGGCGGAGAGAGAGGUUGAGCUUCGCCGGCUUGAAGAUGGACGACGAUUCCACCGCCCGCAUCGUUCGCCGCGCCUACGACCUCAGGGAACUCGACAUUUCGAAGAGUCGUUGGGGCUGCCAUAUAACUGAUGAAGGAUUGUACAGAAUUUCACUUGCGAAAUGCGCAGGGAAGCUAACGUCCAUCUCUCUGUGGGGGAUGACAGGGGUCACCGACCAAGGUGUUGUUCAGCUGAUUGCGAGAGCUAAUGCUUUGCAACAUCUGAAUAUCGGCGGUACAUUCAUCACCGAUGAAUCAUUAUAUGCAAUUGCCAAUAGCUGUCCACAUCUGAAGAGCAUUGUCCUAUGGAGCUGCCGUCAUGUGACUCAGAGCGGGCUUCUUUUCCUUGUAAAUGGAUGUUGCAAGCUUGAAUCAAUCAAUGUCUGGGGAACAAGAGUUCCUAUAGAUUGUUUCGUCAAUUUGCUAACUAUAAAUCCAGGCCUUCAGAUAAAAUAAAACAAAUGCAACUAUUCUAAAGUGUUGAUAUGGUCUCAUCCGGCCAGUACAGUGUACAUAAUUAUUCAUGCUGUGUCAUAAUUGCCUUCGUACAGAUUGUGUACAAUUUUAAAUGAAUAAUUCGCGAACUUGGUGAACUUAUGUUCAUGAGCUGCAAUAAAAUUUGGAUGCGGAUUUGUU